AUGUUUUUAAUCAUCUGUUUAUACUUUUAAGUUACAUUUACAUAAUAUAUUGCCACUUAAAUUAGAAAUGACAAAUAAAUUCAACAAUAUAAAUUACACACCAUUAAUAAGAAUAUCGAGAGGAAUGGUUAAUCCAUUAAAUUAAAUAAAAUCUUAAUUCUUGAAAUAAGGCUUGAAAAUGACUCAUAAGUUGACAUCUAGAUUUAUGAUGAGGAUCGUAAACAUUUCAGAAUCCCUUAACAACCUCCAUUCAAUUACAAGGAUGUAGAAAAUCCUCUGCCCUUGGAAAAAUAUAACUACUCUGUGAAUAUUACAAACGACCCAGUCAAAAUAUAGAUUUACAGAGAUGAUAGAGCAAUCUUUACUAUUUCAGAAUUGGCUUUUAGUGAAAAUUACAUAGAAUUCACACACUAUCCUCAAAACAAGGAGAUGUGGGGGUUGGGAGAAAGAAACCAAGUUGGAUUUCGUUUUAAAUAAGGAAUAUAUACUUUGUAUGCAAGAGAUGAACCAAACAUUAUUGAAGAUGGGGAGAGACCAGGAAAGAAUGUAUAUUCAAGUCAUCCAGUUUUGUUGAGUAUGGAGGAUGCUCGCAAAUUCAAUAUUAUGUUCUAUAAAUCCUCUUCUCCAAUGGACAUUAUUUAUUAGGAGGAAAAAAUGAAAUUUAUAACGAUAGGAGGAAUAAUUCACAUAAAAUUGUUUUUAGGAGAUUAAUCCCCUAGAAAUGUAAUCAAGUAAUAUCAUAAUUAUUUGGGGGGAUGGUUAUUGCCUCCAUUUUGGAGUUUUGGUUUUCAUUAAAGUAGAUGGGGAUAUAACUAAGGUAGCGAAUUAGUAGAAGUGGUUCAAUCAUACUAAAAGCAUAAAAUUCCUCUUGAUACAAUUUGGUCAGACAUAGAUUAUAUGCAUGAUAGAUAAAUAUUUUCUGUUGAUUCAGAUAGGUUCACUAAAUAAGAUUAUGAAAUCUUAAAAGGCUUGGGUGUUCGAUAUAUACCUAUUGUUGAUGUGGCAGUAGGUGUUAAGUACGGUGAACUAGAUGAAGGCUACAAAAGAGGUAUAGAAUAUGAUGUGUUUGCAUAUUCACCAGAGAGUGGAUAUAGAUUUUAAGGACGAGUGUGGCCAGGAGAAUCAUACUUCCCUGAUUUCUUUCACCCUAAUAUUAGUAAAUUUUGGAAUGAAAUGCACGAACAUCUCUAUGACUAAGUGUAAUUUGAUGGACUAUGGGUUGAUAUGAAUGAGCCUGCCAAUUUUUGUGAUGGCGAGUGUUAACUAAAUAGAAAUUUACAUGAUCAUUAACAAAGAUUUGACAAAUUGAAUGAAAAUAUUAAUUUUGCUUAUACUCCUGGAGCCACAUAAUUGUCCUAUAAGACACUUCCACCUCAUCUACUUCAUUAUGGAAAUUACCUACACAAAGAUGUGCAUAAUCUCUAUGGUAUCAUGGAUUCCUAUUAUACAUAUCAAGCCUUGAAGGAGUUGGGUAAGAUUCAGCCACUUUAAAUUACAAGGUCAACAUUUCCAGGUUCUGGAUAAUAUGCUUAACAUUGGACAGGAGACAAUGGAGCAUCAUGGGAUUUUCUCUACUUAUCCUUAGGGUAGAUAUUUUCAUUUUAAAUUUAUGGAAUUCCCAUGGUUGGAGCUGAUGUUUGUGGAUUCAUGGGGGAUACUAACUUUAAGCUUUGUUAAAGAUGGAUUUAAUUAGGAAUAUUUUAUCCUUUCUUUCGAAAUCACAAUAAUGAUUUAUCUAAAUCAUAAGAAUUUUAUAAUCUUGAUCACAAAGUCAUUCAAACAGCUUAAAAGAAUAUUCAUUUUCGAUAUUCUCUCUUAAAAUGGUUUUACUCUGUUUUCAUAAGAGAAUAAAAUCAUGGCACAAUUAUCAAUCCCUUAUUUUUUAUAUUCCCUGAAGAUAAUUUAACAUAUAGAGAUUUUGUAAUGGAUACUUAAUUCAUAAUUGGGAACGAAUUAAUGGGGGCUCCUAUUUUAGAGGAAUCAAUGACUAGAAAGGCAUACUUUCCAGAAUCUGAUUGGUAUGACCUUACAACGGGGUUAGAUUAUAAAGGUUAAUAAGAUCACGUCCUUUUUUGUUCCUAUACUGAUCUAACACCCAUAUUUAUUCGAAGUGGGUACUUGAUACUGUAGAAUACAAUAGAAACAAUCAAUAAUGUGAAAUCUUUGGAUAAUCAUUAUCGGCUGAUAGCUGCUGUUUCCAAUUAGGUUGCUAUUGGAGUUUUCGCUGAUUUGGAGGAUUUUGAAAAUGAAGAAAAAGCUAUGCAAGCUUAAUUAAUAGAUUUCAAAUUGGAAAUACUUUAAGAUGGUGUGAUCUUAAAUCUUUCUUAAUGUAAAUCGGAAAUCAUUAUUGAUGAAAUUCUCAUCUAUGGUUAAGAAUGCAUAUUUAAAAAUUGCAUAUCUGGAUUUUAAAAAUAAAAUUCUAUAUUUAUAGGCCCUUUUUAUUUAGGAAAAGAUAAUUUGAAAUUAGUAUUAUAAUGA